AUGGCUGAACAUCUCUCGGAAGAGCAAAUCGCUGAGUUCAAGGAGGCCUUCCUGAUCUUCGACAAAGAUGGAGAUGGUGCCAUCACCACAAAGGAGCUGGGCACCGUCAUGAGGUCUCUUGGGCAAAACCCAACAGAAGCCGAGCUCAAGGAAAUGAUCGAUAAGCUGGAUGCUGAUGGGAAUGGCACUGUGGACUUCCCAGAGUUCCUGUCCUUGAUGGCCAGGAAGAUCCAGAACUCCGAUGGGGAGGAAGAAAUCCGGAACGCCUUUCGGGUCUUCGAUAAGGAUGGGAACGGCUACGUCAGCGCUGCAGAGCUGCGCCACAUCAUGACCAAGCUUGGCGAAAAGUUGACGGAUGAAGAGGUGGAGGACAUGAUCAAGGAGGCUGACGUGGACGGAGAUGGGCAGGUGAACUACGAGGAAUUCCUGCGGAUCAUGUCCGGCAAGUGA